UGUAUUUCUUUAUUAAUGCAGCAAUAAAUGUAUCAAUCAGUCAAUCAAGAUAACGAGACUACUUAAACUAGCAAGUGAAAACAUUAAAUAGCAAUUACCGACAUUAAAAGAAAGAAGAAAAGCAAAUAAAGGAAAACAUGAAAAAAGGUGAGAGAGAAGCAUUGACGGGGCGAGACUUGUAGGUGGCUAAGGUGGGCGAAUCCUCCAUCCAUGCUCCAGCGCUUCUCCUCACGCUCCACCACACAAUUACCAAGUGUUCUCGUGGGCCCUGCCUUGCUGAGGGAGGGAGGCUGCCACAGGAGGCUUGGGAGGAGAGACAGAGGCGAGACACUGCGAGAUAAAGGUGUCCAGGCCAGGUGCCCUGGUGGGCUCUGACGUGACUCCAUCCAGCUGGCUUUUCCGAGGGUUCCUGCAGUAGAGGGAUGAGGCCAGGCAUCAGCGUGAGUGAACAGCAGCAGUCUGCCUCAGGUAUGAGGAGGUCCAGGCAUGGUGCCAAGAGUGACCUGGAGGCAGGCAGCUCCACCCACAGAGGAGAGAGAAAGUUUGUGUGUCAGCAGUGCGAUAAAACUUUUACAUCCAGAAAAGGACUUAGACAACACACCCUGACACACAGUGGUGUUAGAAAUUAUGAGUGUCUGGAAUGUGGAAAGAAAUUCACCUCAAAGGGUGAUCUCACCAGACACACUUUGACACACAGUGGUGUUAAGGAUCAUGAAUGUGAGGAGUGUGGAAAGAAAUUUUCCAGAAAGUCUAAUCUCAAUGUACACACCCUGACACACAGGAGUGUUAAGGAUCAUGAGUGUGAGGAGUGUGGUAAGAAAUAUAGCACAAAGCGUGAACUCAUCAGACACACCCUGACACACAGUGGUGUUAGAAAUCAUAAGUGUCUGGAAUGUGGAAAGAAAUUUACCGAAAAGUCUCACCUCACCACACACACCCUGAUACACAGUGAUGUUAGAAAUUAUAAGUGUCCAGAGUGUGGAAAGAAUUUACCAGAAAGUCUGAUCUCACCAGACACAUCCUGACACACAGCAGUGUUAGAAAUUAUAAGUGUCCGGAAUGUGGAAAGAAAUUUACCACAAAGGGCUAUCUCACUGCACACACCCUGACACACAGUGAUGUUAGAAAUUAUGAGUGUUUGCAGUGUGGAAAGAAAUUCACCCAAAAGUCUUCCCUCACCACACACACCCUGACACACAGUGGUGUUAGAAAUUAUGAGUGUCAUGAAUGUGGAAAGAAAUUUAGCACAAAUGGUAACCUCACUGCACACACCCUAACACACAGCGGUGCUAGAAAUUAUGAGUGUCAUGAAUGUGGAAAGAAAUUUUUCACAAAGGGUAACCUCACCACACACACCUUGAUUCAUAAUGGUGUUAGAAAUUAUGAGUGUCCAGAAUGUGGAAGGAAAUUUACCACAAAGGGUAACCUCACUGCACAUAUCCGGACACACAGCAGUGCUAAAAAUUAUGAGUGUCCAGAAUGUGGAAGGAAGUUUACCACAAAGAGUAACCUCACUGUACACGCACUGGCUCACAGUGCUAGAGCUCCCUCCUUGACACUUUCCUCGAGUGUCAUCGGUCUCACUGUCAAGGGGUCUGCCUGACAAAAGUCUGGCAUGGGAAUGUGUUUUUGGGAUGGGCUUCAACCAAAGGCUCUGCACUGCAAACACGAAAAAGUCACAACUUAGAAUACCAUUGUGGCUGGAUGUUGCCGAGGGUAUAGAGGUUCCUGUAUGACGCUUAGGCACCAGGCAUAUGAGGAGAGUGAUGGUGGAACUCCUCUUGGUGCUGUGGGAGAUAAUCCCUCUUGCACCAGCACCCAGUUGGAAGUUUGACCAGGUUUGAAUAACAACAAUCCUGGAGCCCAGCCAACAACUCAAUAACAGACCACUAAAUACAGGAGACACAUGACCCUAUAAUUGACCCUUGAGGAGAGGAAGAUCUAUCACUGCUUUGCCUACUCCAGAUACAAGAAGCGAGGCAGAAGGAAGGGAGAAGCACAGAGGGAAGCAGUGAGGGUGUAUGAAAGAAGUGAUAGCAAGAAAGAGAAGACAAUGGAAGAAGCCACUGGAAAAGAGAAGAAAAAUGUGUCUUGGUAGGGGCAACAGAAUAUGCAAAAAUAAAAUGACAAAUAUAAAGAAUGGCAGAGAAUAUUUUACCACCACUGCCCAAAGUCAAGGAGAUGGCAAUAGGAAAGACCUCAACACCCAGAAACAAGAAGUGUCCUCUUGUUGAGCCACUACCAAUGCCUCCAGACCAUCAUGCUCAGUAAGGGCAAGAUCAACAGGAACCACCAGAGCCACCAGCCCCACUGCCACCAAGCCCAGAGCCCCAAGAGAGAGUGCAUUGAGAUUACAACCACCAGGCGCCCCACCCUCAAACUCUGGUUCACACUCCUAGCAGCCGUGGAGACUUGAGAGAACGGGCAGAGGGACAAGAUCAACACACCUCAACCACCAAACAACCACCAAACUUUCAUGAGUGUCAGCUGUGUGAUAAAACUCUAGAACCAAAGGACUUACACUACACACUCUGACACACACUGGCUUGAGGGAGUUCAGGUGUGAUGUUUGUGGCAAGUGUUUCAAGACAAGGUGAAAUUGCCAAGUGCCUGAAGAUCCAGUGUGUGUGUGUGUGUGUGUGUGUGUGUGCUGUGAGGGAGUAAUCAUGUGUCUCUGACUUUCUGUUAAGAGUAUUUUUAUUUUCAGUUUUGUAUUUAAGAAUAAGACAAACUUCAAAGUCUUGUUAGUGUUGUGUGGUGUUGUAAGUGAAGAAAUUAAUAUAUUGUAACCAUC